AAAUUUCGCUCUUUAAAUACGAACGCAAGUCCGGAGAAAACAGGUAGUUAUUGGACAUCAACAGUCGAGGAGUCUCAUCACAUCCACACUGCAAGUCGACAUUUUCUAUCAUUUCUUCAUUGAACCGGAAGUCGAUAUACAAAAUAAUAAUGAGGGGAUACUUGACAAUUAUCGGUUUGGUGUGUUUGCAAAUACUGCGCGUAAUGUCGAUCAACCAAUACCCAGAGAAAAAAGUACAAAAUAUUUGGUUGACGGACAUGGACGACAGACAGUCCGCAUCCAGGAUCGAACGCAGUGAUCAGUUCGAAACGGCCAGUGACGUUAUAAUGAAGGACGCAAGUGUGUACCCAAAGAUUAUUCGCCGUGGGUUCGCAGGAGAGGAAUUUUUUUUGAAGGCAUCGAAGUCGGUGCCCAGGAUCGGUCGUAGGAAUAACGAUAUUCAAGAAUCACCCAAAAGAUCUUUGAGUAAAGAUCAAGUGAACAUGGUGGAAUACUGGCCGUACUUACACCCAAGCGACAUCAACGACUUGACUAGGAAACAUGACUUCGAUUUGCCGUACAACUGCCAACAACUGGACGCCAAAACCAUUUUUUUGGUUGACAUGUAUAACUUCGUGUGCAACGAUCAGUUCUAUUGCUGUGCGCCGGCGAAGCGCUCCAUAGCCAACUCUCCAAACGCGAAUUCCUUGUGAAAAUGCCAAGCACAUAUUAUAACAACACUAAAAUAAUCCUAAUAAUGUGUAGUCAGACUUAGAUAUAUGGGGAAUGUUUUUUUGCUUAUAAUUAUUAUUAUUAUUCAUGUUAUUCGUCACUUAUUUUGAGUGAUUUUAUUUACAGCUAAUUGCAAAAUAAUUAACUGCCUGUA